AUGACAAGCUUCUUGACUGGAUUAUACGAUUUCUUUCUAGACGGCGAUGAGACGCUGGCCAACUUACCUGCUAUUUUGGAUCACCAAGCUGCAGAGCAAUCGCUUGGAGGUGUAAGAUUCUCCAACGAAUGGUUACAGCAGAAAUCAAAAAUUGAUCAACUACUGAAUGAUAAGUUGGAUCAAGAUGAAAGUCUAUCCAAAGCCUUGAAGACAUUUGCAAAAGUAAUCGACACUUUAGACCUGUACGCUCCAUCUUUGAAAGGUCUAACGGACGUCCACGCGUACACAUGCGAAACUCUAGAAAGUAUAAUUUUUGAUCAACCCGUUGCUGAUAGGAGAGCUCAAGCAGCUGCUUAUCUGUAUGGUCAAGCUAUGGCUAUGAGUAAUUUGACUUCUGAAGCUGUCUCAUUAGCCAUUGAGAAUCUGUUAUUGCGAGGCGAUCAAACAGCUGCUAAUUUAGCAUUAUGUAUUAUCCUUGGAAUAGAAAGAAGCAGUCCCAUCUUAUUCGAAAGUCAUCUACCAGUCUUAUUGAGACAAGUACAAAUGGCUGCUUUCGGAAGUUCUGAUAAAUCAGUAUCUCAAGAAUCUCUUAUAAGAGCAUUAAACGUUUAUUCACCUUCUGAAAAAGCGUCAUCUUGUCAGAUCAUCUUACGAUCGACUCAUUCACUCUUAGCUGCAAGUUUGAAAUUAUGUGAAGAGAGGAUCAAUGGGAAGGAAGAAGAAGGUGUCGCAUGGUGUUGCUUCAUAAUUGAACAUACUCCAAUGUUACUCCGAAACGACUUGCGAAAUCGAUACCCUUCAACCUGUUCUUCAAUACCGAUAUUCAACCUACUGUUACCCCUUGCGUCGGGACUGUCUCCCAAUGCACAAAUCGCUUUAUGUGCUGCAUUGCCUAUUCUGGCCACUUGGGAUACCAUGCCGUUUGUUGAUUCUGGUAUGAUGGACAAAACAAUCACUUUCAUGUUGAGAUUGACCCAUGCUUCCGGAGAAGGAUUGAGGGCUGCUGCAUUACAGGGACUAGGACAAGUGGCUGGAGUUGUUCUGCAUAGAUUCGAACCGUUCUUGACAGAAGUUGGAAGUACAGCUCUAGGAGUAUUGACAGAACAGAAGAGACCUAAAGAUCAAAGAGCAGCACAGAAACUUCUUGCUCGACUUUUGGCCUCUUUAGGUCCAAUGACGCUCAACGUGAUGAUCGAAUACCUUCAUCGUCCCCAUCACAUCUUACUUGCCGAUGUUGAAUUACUGGAAAUGAUAGCUAUAUUAUUACCGAAUCUAGCCAAAAGGAUCAUUCAAGCUUUGACUGAUAUUAUAGAUGAUCUCUUGAGCAAUAAGCAAUGUGCCUAUCCGACUGAAUCUGUGCUGGAAGCACUAAACGUCUUUCCAUUAAAUGAUAAAGAUCUUGCUGCACGAGCACAGCGACUAGUUAUGUGGAGUCUCGACGAAGAUAAGGGUAAAAAUGUUGUUAUCGCUUCACUUCAACUCUCAACAAAUCCAUAUAUCGCUACCCCGACCAUAAUGCGAAAUCUCACAUUCAAAGCUGCUCACCUUCUACUGGCCGAUGACGCACACAUCGUUCACGUAGCUUUAUCAGUACUUGCAAAUCCAGCACUUGCUUCAAUGCUAGAUGAACGAUCAUGUUCAAUGAUUUUAUUAGCUUUACAUCAAUCAUUAGAACCUUCAAUUCAAAUAGUAGCUGCUAAACUGUUGACUCAUUUAACGACUGCUCAUAGGGCGAUUGUUCAACCUCUGGCUUGGAGUCAUAUAAGGCAAAGUUUAAGUUUAAUGGAUUUCUUACAUUCUGUUGAUCCAAGUAGAGCCGUGGUUGAAGCUUGCAUCAUAAGUAAUCUUCUACCUGCUCUACCACCUUCGUUACAUAAGAAAUACGUUGGGCCUGUAAAAGAAUUGAUCAUGACAGGUUUGCAAAGACCUUCUGAAGCUCAUACUUUAUCAUUGAUAUUUCAAGGCUUAUCUAAUUUAGCAAAGUUUGAAGGAUACUCAUCUAUUCAGCAAGCUCAAUUAGUUUCCGAUCUAUUGGAAAUGACACAAGAAAUACCAAAAGAUUGUCAACAUGCGGCUUUGAGUGCGAUUUCAUCAUUGUUGAGUUUACCAAAAGAGGGGCUAGACGUCUAUGAUUUGCUGAUUAGGGUUCAUGCGAUCUUUGGUGGGAAUGGAAGAGGGAAUGGUCUGGAUGGAGACUUGAAAGCUUUGGUCAGUGGGAUAUACGGUCAUUUGGGGACUGUUGAGAGGAAUCCGGUGAUAACUAGAGAUUCCAAAGCAGCUAUCAAUCGAGAAACGUCUUCAUAUCCAUCCAAGAUCCAACAUUUUUCCCGAAUAGCAGAAGUCCGAGAUAGAUACGGACCAUUGUCAUCCACUCAUAUAAAUCACUUAUUAACCGAAAAUCUUUUAGCUAGUCUAUCAUCUUUCUCACAUAAAGGAACGGAUGAUAGACCUUUAAUUAUCGAAACAAUGACUUGUUUGUCCAUUUUACAGCCGAUUCAAAUAUCAAAUUUGAUUCCCGAUUUACCAAAAUUGAUAAUGAGAGAAUUAAAAUAUUCACUCAAUUCAAGAGAAUCAGUUAGAGAUACAAAUUCAACAAGUGUUAGUGCAGGUUUACUUUUCUUAACUUGUGUUUUACAUAAUGCGGAAAGUUGGCUAGAAAAUUUCUGGUCGGAUACAACUGAAUUGUUGAUUGAAUGUAUAUCAACCGGUGAAGCUUUACCUACUUUAAGAGGAUUAGAUGUAGUUUUAGAUUCUAUCAGUGAUUGA